AUGAGGUCCCUCGUUCCGUUCCCUAAAGUCAUCGCACUAGUGACCACGACAACUGCUCUCUAUAGUCAUUGCCUUGGCGCUGCGGUACAAGGAACAGAUGAACUCGGACCUAGCCCUGCGGUGGGUUGGAUUGAAGAGUCCAAAACAACUGCGCACCUACAGACAAAUAAUGCUUCUCCGGAUGAUUUCCCCGUCUGUACUGACAUCGAUGGUCCCUUCGCACCAUUCUGUCUGCCGCAGGAUGGAGCCGAUGUGAUAGUAGACGCCACCUACUAUGUUACCUGGAAUGCCGAUUUCUAUCCGCUCAAUGCUUCUAUUACUAUUGAAAUGAGAUACUCAAAUUCCACCGUUGGAGACUCCGCGUUCACAUCUGAGAAAACGGACAACAGCUACGGCUAUCUUCCCCUCCACAUGCGCAAGGAAUGGCUCCAAGAGAAGGCGCACAAUGAUUUGACCUUUUACCUUAUCGAACUGAACCCUGCGUCAGGCACACGAGCGAGUAUCCGAAAAGGACCGAGGAUCACACUUCAUCCUAAACCAGUAGAGCACUACAAACCUUCUCCUCCCAUGACCUUCAACAAACGAGCCCUGUUUAUUGGCCUCCCGGUAAGCCUCAGUGUCAUUAUCGUUGUUGUGGCUGGUCUAUUCUUUGGCAUGCGGGAGAGCAGAAGGAUUGGACUCGGGAGUGUUAUGGGAUCUCGAGGUAAAGGGUACGGGAUUGGGAAAUCUAAGAGCCAGCGCCUUCGGAAAAGUAGAAGCGAAUUCUAUCAUUCCAAUGCUGCCUCGGCGUUGAAAAAAUAUACGGACGACACCGACUCAGGCUUGUCAGAAGUGGCAGAUCCCGACUUACAUAGCGAGAUUGAGCGCACUGCAAGAUUUGCAUUUAGACAGGAUUCGAUGAGGUUAAAGAGCUGGAGGAGACAAUGA